GUUCACCCCCUCGAAAUCAAACCAUCUGCUAUCGUCAAACGUAGUCGUGCUAAAGCUAAGAAAUAACAUUAUCAAGCUGCAUUAAAAAUGCCGUGUGGCAGAAACUUUAGGCGGAGAAAGGACUCGUCAGAUGUAGAGGAGGAUGAGACAACCGAAGAAGUCAGAUCUAAAGUGGAGGAGGCUAAAGAGCUUCAGAGUUUACGGAAACGACAGACCGGAGUCAGUGUGACAGCCCUGUUGGUCGGGGAGAAACUGCCACCAGAGGCUGAAAUUGAUAAUGAUCCUUUUAAACUGAAGACUGGAGGCGUUGUAGACAUGAAGAAAGUCAAAGACAGGAAUAGGGACAUGACUGAAGAGGAGACGGAUCUGAACCUGGGCACCUCCUUUUCUGCUGAAACUAACAGAAGAGACGAGGAUGCAGACAUGAUGAAAUACAUUGAGACAGAGCUGAAGAAGAAGAAGGGCUUGGUGGAGGCAGAGGAACAGAAAGUUAAGGUGAAGAAUGCAGAAGAUCACCUGUAUGAGCUGCCUGAGAGCAUCCGAGUCAAUUCUGCCAAGAAGACAGAGGAGAUGUUGUCCAAUCAGAUGCUGAGCGGGAUCCCUGAAGUCGAUCUUGGUAUUGAUGCAAAGAUAAAGAACAUUAUCCAGACAGAGGAUGCAAAAGCCAAGCUUCUGGCAGAACAGAGGAACAAGAAAAAAGACCACGGCACAUCUUUUGUACCCACCAACAUCGCUGUUAACUACGUCCAACACAACCGCUUCUAUCAUGAGGAUGUGAACGCACCACAGAGGCACCACAGACACAGAGAGGAGCCCAAGGCCAGGCCACUGCGUGUGGGAGACACUGAGAAACCAGGUCCAGAGGCUUCGUCACCACCAAACUACCGCAAACGUCCAAACAACGAAAAAGCCACAGAUGACUACCAUUAUGAGAAGUUCAAGAAGAUGAACCGACGAUAUUGAGGAGCUGGAUACUUUUUUUAAGAAUGAGUUACUCAUGAGGAUUGAAGCCUCCAGCUGAGCCACGAAGAUUUGCAGACUGCUUCUCUCCCACAGCUAUUGAUUGGAGGAAUACCAAGACCCUUCAGUGUAGUAUUUUGUACAUAUUUUAAAAAGCUCCUUGUGGUUUUCUGUAUACAGAACAUUUGCUCUGUGGUGCGUUCUUCAUCAUCGAGGAAACCAUGUGGCUUUUAUGGCUCAGGAUUGUCUGAUAACCAAGGACCAGUCAAGGAAUACAGGAAUACCUUAAAGGGACAGUUCUUCCCAAAAAUCAAAAACACAUUUUCCUCUCACCUUUAGUGCUGUUUAUCACUCUAGAUUGUUUUGGUGUGAGUUGCAGAGGGCUGAAGAUAUUGGCCAUCUGCCUUCUCUCCAAGAUAAUGGAACCUGUGGUGUAGUGGUAGCAUUUUCCUGUAAGAACUGUCAACCGUUUGACCGUGCAGAAGGAAGAGUGCAUGGACUGCUUGUUCACGUAGCACCACUGAGUUAGCUAAUGUUGCAGCUCAGCCGAGGAGGACACCAUUAAUGUUUACAUCUCAAGCUGUCAUGAGCACAAGCCUCUUUUCUGAGAGGAGAUGCACUCUUCCUUCUGUGCUGUGAUGUUUGGCAGGUGUAG